GACCGAUCGGCGCCACGAGUGCUUUGCUUUCUGGCUGCUGGGAGCGCGCCAUGGGGAGGUCGCCGUGCUGCGAGAAGGCGCACACCAACAAGGGCGCGUGGACCAAGGAGGAGGACGAGCGGCUGGUGGCGUACGUCCGGGCGCACGGGGAGGGGUGCUGGCGCUCGCUGCCCAAGGCGGCGGGGCUGCUGCGCUGCGGCAAGAGCUGCAGGCUGCGCUGGAUGAACUACCUCCGCCCGGACCUCAAGCGCGGCAACUUCACCGACGACGAGGACGAGCUCAUCAUCCGCCUGCACAGCCUCCUGGGCAACAAGUGGUCCCUCAUCGCCGGGCAGCUGCCUGGCCGGACGGACAACGAGAUCAAGAACUACUGGAACACGCACAUCAAGCGCAAGCUCCUCGCCCGCGGCAUCGACCCGAAGACGCACCGCCCGCUCGGCGCCGGCGCCGACGCCGCCGCGCCACCCGGCGUGGUCGCGCACCGGGCGCUGCUGCACCGCGCAGGCGCAGCCCCCGUCGAGCUCGCCGUGAAGCCGGCGCCGGCGGAGUCAUCCGACGACGGCGGCCGGAGCAGCGCCAGCGCCAGCAGCGGCGGCGGCGCCAGCGUGGAGGAGCCGCGGUGCCCCGACCUCAACCUCGACCUGUCCGUGGGCCCGCCAGCGGCCGCCGACACGCCCACCUCGCAGUCGCAGCUGGCGGUGUGCCUGUGCUACCGCCUGGGCCUCCGCGCCGGGGAGGCGUGCAGCUGCCAGGCUCAGGCUGACAACGCGGGCCAGCAGCGGUUCAGAUUUUCAGAUUUCAGAACCGAGAGGAGAGUCGUUAAGUAGCUUGAUCCACUGCAAUUUGCAACACAGGCAGUUUUUUUUUCCUAAUGGAUAUUGCUGCUUCAGAAACAAAACGGCGGGUCAAAAGAAAUUGUGACCGCCUCAGAUUUUUGUUCGAAAUUUACAGAGUGCAAAUCCUUGAUUUGGCGGCAGAAUUCGUGAGACACAUUAUAGAUAAAUGCACAGGUACUAA